AUGCAAUUAAUUCGGCUGGUCUCGCUACUGUUGUCAAUUUUCUGCGUGAUUGCCCAUGCUGCUCAGUAUUCAGCAGAAGAUUUGGAGAUUUUCGCUGUCCAAUCGAAGCUUGUCGAGGAUUCAAAACGAACAGACUAUGAUUUCUACAAGUUCUUGAGACUCCCAGACGGUGCUUCUUCGGAUGCCAAAACCAUAGAAAAGCAUUACAGAAAUCUGUCCCGAAAAUGGCAUCCGGACAAGUAUAGAGAUGCUAAAACUAAGCACAGAGCGGAAAAGCGGUUUCAGAAGCUUUCCUUGAUUAUAACCAUCCUUAGAGACCACGAAAAGAAGCAAAGGUACGAUUACUACCUCAAAAAGGGGUUUCCUCAAUACGACAAAGCAACGGGUCAAUUUAUUUUUGGUAAGCGUUUCAAGCCCAAUCUCAUUCUGACUCUCUCAAUCAUUGUCAUUGUCGCUUCCCUUCUUCAGUAUCUUGUUCUCAAAGUCAACCAUAAUCGGAGCUACAAGCGCGUAGAUAGACUAAUUUCAGAAAUAAGGUCCAAGAGUUUGCCUGCUGUCGGCAAUCAAGAUACUCCCGAUUUCGGUAACAAAUUGGUGCUGCUUAACGAUAAGCUAUUUGUCGUCAAAGUGGACAGAUCUAUUUGGUAUUACUCUGGCUCCUUUGAUACAGAGGACGAUUUGAAUGAAGUCGUUGCAAAUCUUCGUAAAGCCUAUAAGAUCGAUGCUGAUCCAUCAGCUCAUGCAAAUAGACGGCAAAGAAGAGCUGUGACUAAACGCUCAAAGGACGACCAGGAAGAUCAGGAUAGCAUCCCUCUUCUCCCAGUCACUACCGAUGACCUAGAACCUGUCAGAGUUUCCAGCUUACUCAUAGUCAAACUGUUGAUGCUUCCGUCCUUACUGGUUCACAAAUUUAUCUCAACGAAGAAGUGUUUGGAUAAACACCCUGAAAUAUCAUCCAAGAUCAACCUCAUCCAAGAAAAGAACGAUAAAGUCAAGCUACCGAACGGCAAAGUCGCAUAUAAAAAGCAUAAAUAG